UCGAGUCUGAGAAGAGCAUGGCCGCGUCGGUGCAGGACGGCGUCGUGGCGGCGCUCGAGGAGCGCGUCGCCGAGCUCUGCGCCGAAGCCCUCGCGCGCGACGAGCUCAUCUUGCACCUCGAGGCGGAGAAGCGCGACCUGCGGCGCCUCGCCGAGCGGCUCCGGGCCGCCCGCCACGUGGCAGGAGAACCAGACGACGAUGCGCUGACGACGGACGCACGGUAUCUUUCCGUCCAACGCCACGCGAGUGAGCUCGCGGCCCAGUGUGCGCGCCAGCAGGACGAGAUCACGCUACUGCGCCGCGCGUUGGCAGCCAAGGACGAGGCCCUCGAGGACUAUGCGCAGCAGGUCGACGCGCUCGAAGACCAAUUGGCCGAGUUGCAGCUGGUCACGGACCGCGCGCCCGAGCCGCUUGUCGAGGCGCCACGUCACGAGUGGAUGGAAGAAACCACACGCUUCCCGACGCCGCACUUUUCGCUGCGGUCGCCCGAGGUGGCGUACGUCCUCUCGCAGUGGACGCAGAACCCGACCAAGGCCGCGUCGCUGCUCGCAUGGCUGGUCGACGUGGCGGACGAGAAUCGCGAGUUUCCUCGGCAGCCGACCCCUCCGGCGAUCGAGCUCCCGCGGCUCCCGCCCGAGGUCCGCGACGGCUUCCUCACGCUCAUCGUACCACUGCUUCGGACGCAGCUCGUCCGCACCGUCACGGUCCAUACGCGCGGCCACGGCCUUGGCCACACGGACCUCCGGAUCCGCGUCGAACCCACGAGCUAGCUGUAGUUGUAGCACUGGAUAAAAUCCCACUUUGCAGUUUUGUCAUCG